GUGGUAUAAUAAAGGAAUAAUGUAAAAUGGCCUCAUUUCUAAUUUAAUUAGGUUUCGUUUUUAACCAGUCCGAGAAUCCAGCACUAAAUAAUAAUACCCAACCUUGACCAAAUGGAUUUGUGUAGGUAAAGCAAUCAAUAUUUAUCAUCAACUUCAUAGUUCCUACAUGUGGGAGACUGACUAGUGGACACUGGGUGGCCAUGGGACAAUGGCCCCAAUGUUUACAGCAAUGGUCAAUUUUGCCAGUGAAGAAAGUGUAGACAUCAGAAUAAAAGAGUGUGGGUUUUUUCUUUCCUUAUGUCACUUGCCCACCAAAAGCCACAGUAUCGAAUUUAAGGCCUGAAAACUUUUUCUUUUUUAUCUUCAGUUUUAAUAUAUAUCGCUCCCUCUUUCUUCUACAUGCUGCAAAAAGUUAAAGAUAAAAAGAGGGAAAAAAAAAAGAAAAGAGAGGAGGAAUUAGUACUGACUAAGGAUCAUAAUUCAGACAUUGGUAAUCCUAGUAAGUGGAAACAACAGAAGAAAGUAAAAGAGUAUCAAUUAUCGAUAAACCUUGCGUACACGUGACAAGACCCAAACCUUAUUAUAGGACCAUCAUUAUCGGUUAUAUCUCUCUUUCGCACCCUUCCUCUCAAUUAUUUAAACCAAAUUUUGGUUGAUGGGGUAAAAAACAGAGAAAAUGAAUAAUGAUGAUAUUUUCAGUCGACACUUCUUCUCUGUUUCUUCCGAGUGUGCAUUUUCUCUACUUUUUUAAUUGAUGCAGAGCUGGAUCUGGCUUUGAUUUUGUUGGUAGUAGUCACUGGUCACUACUACAUUGAUUAUCAAUCAUCUCUCUAUAUAAUCUAGACAAAGACUCACCGUCCCCACUAGCUCAGCCACCCCCCCACUCAUCUGCUUCACUGAUUCUGAUUCUCUGUUUUAGCCUCACUCUGCAUGGUUCCAAACUUCCAGUUUCACACUUAAUUGAUUACUUCGCCUUUUUAUAAUUUUUAUGAUUGCUUCUUACCCUCUAUAUAAACUUACUCAUCUUCCCCCUGUCCCUUCUCCCCUGCAUUCUCUCUUUCCCCACAUUUUCAGGGUCGUUCUUAAAAAAGUUUCUUAAGCAUGGGAACCUCAAAGUUUUUGGUAGGAUUGUUGUUUUUGUGUUUUAUGUCCAUGGAGUACUGCCACGUUUCAGUGGCGGCAUCUGUACAUAAUGAAAAAAAGACUUACAUAGUUCACAUGGCGAAAACUCAAAUGCCUGAAAGUUUUGAUGACCAUACUCAUUGGUAUGACACUUCCCUCAAGUCGGUUUCUGAAUCAGCCGAGAUGCUGUAUACAUAUGAAAACGCCAUUCAUGGAUUUGCCACGAGGCUGACAGAAGAAGAAGCGGAAUCCCUCAGGAAUCAACCCGGGAUCUUGUACGUUUUGCCGGAGGUCAAGUAUGAGCUCCAUACCACCCGGACUCCUACCUUCUUGGGGCUUGACCAGAACGCCAAUUUGUUUCCGGAGUCUGGAACAGCGAGUGAUGUCACCGUCGGUGUUUUUGACACCGGAGUUUGGCCUGAGAGCAAGAGCUACGAUGACACCGGGAUGGGCCCCAUUCCUGCUUCAUGGAAAGGCACUUGCGAGACAGGAACCAACUUCACCAAGAGUCACUGCAACCGGAAGCUGAUUGGGGCCCGGUAUUUUGCCGCGGGAUACGAAGCAACGCUCGGCCCAAUUGAUGAAUCGAAGGAAUCUAAAUCCCCCCGGGACGACGAUGGACAUGGGACCCACACAUCGUCCACCGCCGCCGGAAGUCUCGUACCGGGAGCUAGCCUUUUAGGCUAUGCACCUGGGUCGGCUCGUGGGAUGGCGAACCGGGCCAGAGUUGCGGUUUACAAGGUCUGCUGGAUUGGUGGGUGUUUUAGCUCCGACAUAUUAGCAGCCAUGGAUAAAGCCAUCGCGGACAACGUGGAUGUCAUGUCCCUUUCCCUUGGAGGUGGCACGUCAGACUACUACAGGGACAGUGUUGCUAUUGGAGCUUUUUCGGCGAUGGAGAAGGGUAUUCUGGUCUCUUGCUCAGCCGGUAACGCCGGGCCCAGCACCUACAGUUUAUCCAACCUGGCACCUUGGAUCACCACCGUCGGUGCCGGAACUUUGGACCGUGACUUCCCGGCGUUCGUCAGCCUCGGUAACGGGAAGAAUUUCUCCGGAGUUUCACUCUACAAAGGUGACGCCACCUUGAGUAAGAUGCUUCCUUUUGUGUAUGCCGGUAACGCCAGCAACGCCACCAACGGGAAUUUGUGUAUGACCGGUACAUUAAUUCCGGAGAUGGUCAAAGGUAAAAUCGUCCUUUGUGACCGUGGGAUUAAUCCAAGGGUGCAGAAAGGUUCUGUGGUCAAAGAAGCUGGUGGGGUCGGUAUGAUUUUGGCGAAUACUAAUGCAAACGGAGAAGAACUCGUGGCAGAUGCUCAUUUGUUGCCAGCCACGGCGGUGGGCCAGAUGUCAGGUGACGUUAUCAAGAAGUAUCUAUUCACCGAAUCCAAUCCAACGGCCACAAUUCUUUUCGAAGGUACGAAGGUGGGAAUCGAACCGUCGCCGGUGGUUGCCGCCUUCAGUUCCAGAGGGCCGAACUCCAUCACGCCGGAGAUUUUGAAGCCGGACCUGAUUGCUCCGGGCGUCAAUAUCUUGGCCGGAUGGACCGGUGCUGUGGGCCCUACCGGGUUGCCGGAGGACACCAGGCGUGUAGAGUUCAACAUUGUCUCCGGCACGUCCAUGUCCUGCCCCCACGUUAGCGGCUUAGCUGCGCUAAUUAAGGGUGCUCAUCCGGAUUGGAGCCCAGCCGCGAUAAGAUCGGCGCUGAUGACCACGUCUUACAUCACCUACAAAAACGGUCAGAAACUGCUGGAUGUUGCCACCGGAAAACCAUCAACGCCGUUCGAUCACGGCGCCGGCCACGUCGACCCUGUGGCGGCACUGGAUCCCGGGUUGGUUUACGACCUGACAACUGAUGAUUACUUGGGUUUCUUGUGUGCUCUGAAUUACACGCCGUCUCAGAUUUACGGUGUGGCCAGGAGAAAUUUCACCUGCGAAAAGGGUAAGAAGUACAGCAUUAGUGAUUUCAACUACCCUUCGUUUUCUGUUGCUCUAGAAACGGAAGUGCUUGGCGGUUCUAAUGGUGGUGUUAGUUCCGGGAAGCCCAGCGUUGUCAAGCACACUAGAACACUAACCAACGUGGCAAGCUCGGGUGGAACUUACAAGGUUUCAAUUUCAAGCACCAGCCCAAUGGUUAAGAUUUCGGUGGAACCCGCCACUUUGGUGUUUACAAAAGUCGGUGAAAAGAAGUCCUACACGGUGACGUUUACUGCGCCGUCGAUGCCGGCAAAUACAAAUGAGUUUGGAAGGAUAGAGUGGUCCGAUGGGAAACACAUCGUCGGAAGCCCAGUGGCUGUUAGCUGGAUUUAGUAUAUUACAGGGGGAUUGCAAAGGAUGGGUUUGAGCAUGAAUUUAGCUUAAUCAGCUUGCUCAAAGUGAAGGAAGCUUUGCUACAAAUGGUGGGUACGUCGGGUUUAGUUUCUUAAGUUAAAAAUGAUUGAAUCCAAAGUUGCCAUAAAGUUUGCUCAUUUGAUGUUGUUCUCUGAGGUAGAAAACAUGUACUGAAUCCAGGAAGCUGGAAUGUUGUCUCACUCAGUGUACAGUGCUGUUCUUCCAGUUUAAUUUCAAGAGAAGAAAAACAGAAAACAAAAGAUUACUGUAAUAUUUUUGGCUUAAUUACAUAUAAUCUGUGCUAUCUGACUUGGUUCUUUUAUCGUCUAACUGCGCUUAUAGCAGAUGGCUAACCUCAACCGUGCCAAAUUAAAAAGGAAGACGUUGGAAAGAAAGCAAUAGCUAGGUAGACCAUACAAAACAAAACUUGAUCGAUAGCUACCGUCUGCUGUUAACCUGAUUGACAACUCAAUUUCAGUGCAAUUAUAAGCGAAGAAACUAACGAGGUCCCGUUUAUGAGUAAUAUCCGAUUAGGAAAGGAUGAUAUAUAGAAAGGUGGGGAGUUGGAAAUUAAUUAAACAAAUGGAAGAUGCGGUUAUGAAUCUAUGAUUGAAUUUGAUACCUGAAUGAGAUGUCUAUGCUUUCUCUCAACUACUCCAUUUUGCUGUGGUGUGUAAAGACAGCUUCUAUGAUGAAUGAUCCCAAGAAAAAAAAGUAAAGUAUGAAACUAUUGAUUCAAGAAUUUAGUUUCAUUAUCUGUCCUGAUAAUUUUGACUGAGGCUUGAAACUGAGUUUUUAUUUGGUUUAGGAAAUGUGUAACUAAGUCUGGCACUUUUGAUUUAUGUUUAAACAGAAAGAUCCAAGAACAUCGACUAAAAUCAUCAACAAUAGAAAGGAAAUAAUGGCAACCAGACAAAGAAGACUGU